UCAUCCCUAUGUCAAACCAACCAUUUACCAUUGUCAAACAAAAAUAUCAACUUCGAAUCCGAAUGGCUGAAUUUAGAACUACAUUAAUAGAAUAACAUGGACUGAAAACUUGUGAAUUCUUCCCUGUUAAUAUUGUUCUCAAUGUGCAAUGCAAUUUUAAAUUGAUACAAUCCAGAUACGGGGUACUUCACUAUCGUCUGACGCAAAUUCAAUUGUUGUGUUCUUACUACUCUUCUCUGUUAAUGUGCUGAACAUACUACUCUUCUGUUAUUGUAUUUGUUAUCUUGGCCAUUUCCCAUUAGUGAGCCGUAUUUGCAAGCCGAAUAGGCUUCAACUGUUAUAUGAUGGACAACCUGAAGAAUUUCAAUACUAUGGGGAAUGAAGAUAAUUGGAGGACUCCCAAUUUUCGCCAAGGAAUUGUCACCAGAAUUGAAGAUGUCAUACAGCGGUCGGGUAUGCAAGUGGCACGCAACAGUAGUGAGAUGGAGAACCAUGUGUUCACAAAGGCGAAAACCCGUGAAGAGUAUAUGAAUAUGGUUGCCAAACUCAUAUUGCAUGUCAGAGAAAUGUCGCAACCAAAACAAAAUCAAGGGGCACCCAACUUGCAAGGCCCCAACCAGGGUCAGCCUGGACCCAACACACAAGUGCAAAGUCAACAAUCCCAGGCCCAGCAAGGUCAAAGUAACCAGGCCGGGAUGGCCACGGACCCAAUCAAUGCUUUGCAGAACUUGGCCUCGCAGGGGUCGAGGAACCAGAUGAUGAAUAUGGGCCCACAAGGGCAGAUGCAGCAGCAGGGGGUCAUGGGGCCUAACCCUGGGAUGGGGGGCAUGCAACAACAAAUGGGUCAACAGGGUCCCAUUGUCUCCCAAGGAGGGCAACAAGCCCAAACAGCGACAAACUUACUGCAGACACUGAAUCAGAGGCCACAGAUGAAUAUGCAGUUGCAGAAUAAGCUUGGAGGGUCAAUGGGGAUGGUGCCCAAUCAGGGUCAAAUGGGGAACAGCAUGGUGGGCGGCAUGGGCGGCAUGAACCCCAUGGCGGGCCAGUUGCAGGGCCAGCUCGGGCCAGGCGGCAUGCAGGGGCAGAUGAUGUCAGGCAUGUCGAUGGCCGGGAGCAUGGCAAUGGGCGCGGGCAACGCCAUGGGCGGCCAGAUGCAGUGCGGCCAGGUGGUGGGGGGCAUGGGGGGGCAGAUGGCGCCAAAUUCUAUGCAGGGACAGAUGCCUGGACAGAUGGUGGGCGGCAUGGGCGGCAGCCAGCUGGUGGGCAUGAACAUGCUGCACAUGGCGACGCGCGCGGGCGGCAAGGCGGACGGCGCGCUGGGCUACGCGCGCGCGCCGCCGCCCGCGCAGUUCCUGCGGCAGAGCCCCUCGCCCUCCGCCGCGCCCAGCCCCGUCUCUAUGGGUGUGAUGGGUGGCGGCGGAGCGGGUAUGUCGUCGCCGAUGGGCGGCGUGGGCGCCCUGGGCGCGUGCGGGAGCCCCUCCAACGCGCAGCAUCUGCCGCACCACGUCGCGCAACAAAGGGGCGUGGGCAUGGGCAUGGUGGGGUCGCCGUCGCCGUCGCUGGGCGCGGCGGCGGGCGGCUCGCCGGGCGGGGAGGACGCAGCCUACCGCGAGAAGGUGCGCCAGCUCAGCAAGUACAUCGAGCCGCUGCGGCGCAUGGUGCACCGCAUGGUCAGCGAGGGCGAGAACGUGGAGAAACUGACGAAGAUGAAGAAUCUCCUGGACAUCCUCUCCAACCCCAACAAGAGGAUGCCUCUGGAGACUCUUAUCAAGUGCGAGGUUGUUCUGGAGAAGCUGGACUUCAGGAGGGGGGAGACGCUGCCAGUACCCAACGCCGGAAAGGAGCAAAUAUUCAACCCUCUCCUGGAAGUAGUGAACAACUGCCUUUCGUCGCCUCUGGCUAACCACACGCUCAAACGAACGUUCGGCUCUACGCUGGACGCUUUGAAUGGACCCGAGAUCAAAAAUCUACCGCCUCCACUAAAAAUACCGAAAUACGAAGAACCUGUUAUGGACAUACCUGAUGUAUUACAAGGGGAAAUCGCUCGGCUAGAUUCUAGGUUCAAGGUGUCCCUAGAAACAAUGCAGCUGUCGGGCGGUAGCGGGGCGAUAUCGCUGAUAGCGCAACUAGACGACGCCUGCCUGCCGUGCGUGGCCGGCAUCCACGUGACCGUGCCCCGGGACUACCCCAACUCCCCGCCUUCCAGGCUGAGGACCCACUUCAGGGAUGCGGCUGAUGCUGAUUCGCUGAAAGCUAGGGUCGAACGGGCAAUGGACGCGAGAUGUGCACGCCUACCGAAAGCAUGUUCCCUCGGGCAGCUGCUGGACGCGUGGGAGAUGAGCGUGAGGCAGGCCAGCGCGCCCGGACAGAUAUCGUACACGCCAGUCCCGGCUUUAGGAAUAUAGAGGUUGUAGUUAUGUUUACAAACUUAGAGUGUAAUGUAGUUAAUUAUGUUGAUAUCUAAUACAGAAUUUUAAUUUAGUUCCAUUUUGGAUCAGAUAAAUUUUUAAUACAAACGUAAGUAAUGAAAUUGUAACUGAUGACUGUAGUUAAUUUUAGUAUGUAUGUUUAUUUAUAUUCGCAUCACGCGAAAACUGUUACUACGAUUUGGAUUUUGAUUUCUCAGGUAUGGUUUGGGUGUAAACUGUUGAUUGAGAUAAAAUCAUCGUACAUCAUGAGAAACGAUAAUUAUGCUUAAACAUACAUACAUUAUUAUGCUAAAAAAUCAAUGCAAAUAAAUUUAUAUACGUUUAAACUUUAUGGGAUCCAUUAUUAACUCUGCAAAAGUAUUGGAAACUUACAAAGAAACAUCAGGUAUAUAAUUCUACCUCGCGUUACGAAGACUUUUUUUAGAUUAAUUUAUAAGUAUCUGUGAUAAUAUAUCGCAUAAUGCAUGUUCGUUAUCAUGUUUUAUAUUAUACUCUACAUCGCGAUUUUUCUGUUUAAAUUCAUUUGAAAGCAGGACAACAUAAUAAUUUUAUAGAAGAGCGAUAAAGACAGGUAUAUGAGAUGCAACUGUCAAAUAAAAUUUUAACAGAAAUUUUUGUUCAGGAAAUUGCAAAAGCUUGCUUAUACUAGAAUUUUACAUAAGAUAAAUAAAGAUAGGUAUAUAAAUAACAUGAAAAUUUUUACCACGAUUAUUUUGUAUGAAGAAUUUAAAAAAAUAAAAUGGCGAUGUAAAAAUUGUCUAAAAAAGUAAAAUUUCUUGUUGUUUUCAAUGAAUUAAGUAAAUAUGCAUGCGGUUUAAGUUAUUUUUUUAGCAAAAAAUAGACUGAUAACUUUUGACACAGUUUGUUUUAAGAGAAAAUUGCAUUUAGUUCAAAAAAUGUAGGUACUUUUAAAUAAUAUUAAUAAUUUCGUUAAUAGUUAAGGAAAAUAGAAUUAAAGUUGGAUGCUAAAAUUUUAUCAAGCUUAAGUUAUUUACGUCUUGUUUAUGUAAUAAUAAAAAAUAUAAUUACAUACUUAUAUAUAGCUAUGUAUGUACAAUUGUAAUUAUCACGACAUGCUUUCGAAAUAGACUUAAUAAAAAACAGAUAAACCUUUUUUACCUGACAUCAAAACAAUGUAUUGAAUUUUCAAUAAUGUAAUAGUGAUUCUAGUUUGGGAUCAAUUGUAAUAGGUAUUUAUAUAAUGUAAAUAUUUCCUAAGAUGCAAAGAUGUUUUUAUGUGUUUUAGUAGAAAAUAUUUAAUUUUUUAAUAAAAUUUAAUCUCGAAUG